GGUAGAGAAGAGGCGUGUUGGUGCCGUGCGCAUCCCUUCAGCCAUCACUUGGGGCUUGUCUCUUGGGACGCAUGGAUUUAGUACUAUAUUUGCUGUGUUAUCUACCUCUCUUUUAUUAAGAGAAGUGUUGAAGGAUUGUCUUGUGUUAUUAGUAUAGAUAAACGCUGGGAAACAUCUCCAAAAUUUACAAAUCUCAUCAUGUUUUUUAAAAGACGAAAAGAAAUCACUUCGCGCCCGCAGAUCUACCUCUGGGCGGCCGCAGCGGUGCUUGCGGGCGUCCGGGCGGAGGCAUGGGCAGCUUCCGCCAACCCCUGCACGCCCUGCAACUCGACAAUCACCGUAGACGAGGAGGAUCUGCCCAAAAUCGGCUUCUUGUGCCCCGAAGGAUUCCCAGGGCAGAGGAUCCGAUACCCUUACACGUGCCUGGUGUUCUUCAACCUCUCGUCGUUCCACAACCUCACGAUCCAUGUUCACGAGUUCUACACGAGGGACAUGUCCGUCGUCCUCUGCACCAAGGACUUCCUACGACCACCGCCACUCCUCCUCCACAGCGAGCAACUCCGCAAGAGCUUCUGCCUUCCGUGAAGCCGGAGGAGACGGCUCGCUGGCUGGGCUUCCGCGACGCCAUGUACAUCAACAUCACCAAGUUGCCUUCGGAGGAACAGAGCGAGCCGCUGUUCC